CGCUCAGCAGCGACCCGGAAGUGGGAGCCGCGGCGGCGGCAGCAGCAGGAGAAGGAGCAGCAGAAGGGCGACUGGAGGAUGCAAAAAGAUCUCAGCCCUGUGCUCUGCUGACUGCAAGGAAGACAUAGCUGAAGGCCCCUUUGCUGUCAUGGUGAGCGAGAGGCGGAACGGCAGCCUGCUGGUGCACCUGGGACCCACGCUGCAGGCCUACCCGGAGGAGCUGCUGCGGCAGCGGCGAGGCCGCGAUGGCCGCUCCGAGUACCUGAUCCGGUGGAGCGUAGUCAGCUCGGAGGAGAGCGUGGCCAGCGGUGGCGGCCCCGGCGCAGAAAGCAAGCCGGAGAACAUCCUAAUGUGGAUGUCGGCAGAAGAGGUCUGCGCCAGCUGCCCGGUGCUGCUGGGCCAGAGGAAGCUGGGCGGGCGGUGGGUGAAAGAGGAGACGGCGCCCAGCCCGUUCCCGGCCGACAUCCCGCUGGACGAAGCGUCGCUGCUGGAGAUGAAGGCUGACGUCGGGAGCCUGGUGCAGCGAGCUGCCCGGCAGAUGGCCGGGACCGGGGCUCCCGAGUCCUCCGUCCUCAACACCAUCCACGUGCUGAGCGCGUACGCCAGCAUUGGCUCGCUGACGGGCGCCUUCAAGGAGACGGGAGCCCUCGACCUGCUGAUGAAGAUGCUGUGCCACAAGGAGAAGCAAAUCCGCCGCAGCGCCGGCAAGAUGCUGAGGGCGCUGGCUUCGCACGACGCAGGGAGCCGGGCCUACGUCCUGCUGUCCCUGAGCCAGCAGGAUGGCAUCGAGCAGCACAUGGACUUUGACAGCCGCUACACCUUGCUGGAGCUGUUUGCUGAGACGAUGUCCUCUGAAGAGUACUGCAUGUCCUUUGAAGGGAUUCACCUUCCCCAGAUCCCUGGGAAGCUGCUGUUCGCCCUGGUGAAGCGCUACCUGCGUGUGGCCUCUCUUGAGGACGAGCUCAGCGGCGGUGUGGAGCAGGGAGGGGAGGCGCAGGACCGUGCCGUGCCCGGCUCGCUGGGCGGGGAGAGGAGCCGCGUGAAGCAGGAGUUUGAGUUCAGCAUGGCCAUGGCAGGCCUCAUCUCAGAGCUGGUGCACGUGAUGGGCUGGGAGCACAGGCACAAGCCGGAGCCGCCGUCCCCGCGGGGGACGCAGCCUCGUGCCGCCCGCUCCAUCUUCCAGCCCAAGGCCCCGGCCUGCCCUGCUGCUCAGGCAAGCCCUGCUCCCCGACCAAAAGAGCCCAGCGCCUUCAAAACGCGCUCAGCCUUCCCAAGCCGUAGCAGCUACGUGGAGUACGUGCAGGCGAACCUGGUGCGUGGCAUGCGGGUGCGUAUGCUGGAGGACUGUGGUGAAGUGAGAGCCGGGGACGAAGGCGAGUUUUGCCAGAGCACUGACGGCACGCACGCGGUGCAGGUUUUAUGGCAGUCAACAGGUCGGACCUACUGGGUGCGUUGGCACGUGUUGGAGAUUAUUGGCUUUGGAGAUCAGCGGGAAGAGCCUGCUGGUCAGGAAAAAGUAUAUAGUCUGAUAGAGGGCUUUAACCUAGACGCAGUUGCGCAGCCGCUCUUCUGCAAGCCUUUUGGGGGGCUCUACACCCUGCCUUACCUCGGGGAGCAGCCAAGCGACGCCACGGAGACCCUGAGCCGAGCCGAGUGGUGGGAGCUGCUCUUCUUCGUGAGGAGCCUGGGAGCGCAGGAGCAGGACGAGAUCACCCGCCUGGUGCAGCAGGAGCAGGCAGAGCAGCUGUCGGAGCUGGAUGAAGAAGGCCUGAUCCAGCUGUCGGCGUCUGCGGAGCUGGCCCAGAAAGUGCUGCGGGCGUUGGAGAAGCGGUGCCAGGGCAGCGCUCUGAGCGACCUCCGCGGCUCCCGCGUCUAUGCCAAGUACUUCCUCGGCAAGGGGGCUGAGCAGGGCGGCAGGGGGAGCGCCGUGGCGUCCUCGGGGGGCGCCAGCCCCGAAGCCGCGGUGGCCGAGGUGGCAGAAGAAGACCUCCCUGCGGCAGCGCUGCCGCCUGGAGCCCCCGCCACAGUGGAGAAGUCGGAUCGCCAGCUGUUCAGCGAGCUGCUGCAGAGGGAAGGGCUGCGUUUCCCAGAGGUGACGGAGGAGCAGAGCAAACUGUUGGGCAGCUGCAAGGGGGCUGGCAAGAGGGGCUUGCUGGCGAGGAUCGCGGCCGUGGUGGAUGCGAUGCAGAGGAGCGGCUCCGAGGCGGGUCUGCGCCUGGCCGGGCUCCAGCACAUCCUGGAGAUGCUGGAGGAGGAGGCUGGGCUUGAGCGGCAAGUUGGCAAAGCCCAGGGCGGGCUGGGGACCAGGGAGAAGGUGGUGAAGAUGGCGGUGGAGUUGCUGAGCAGCGAGGUGGCGGAGAAGGCGCUGGUGGCGCUGGCGCUGCGGCUGCUUGCCGCGCUCAUGCUCAAGUUCGAGUGGCGCGUGCCGUUCGCCGCGGAGGGGGGCGUGCGGGCCGUGCUGGCCCGCAUGCGGCAGCACGCGGCCUCCGCCGUGGUGCAGCAGGCCGGCCUGGCGGCGCUGAAGGUGCUGGUGGGCGCCAGGAGCGGCGAGCCGGGUGGUGCCACUGGGCAGCCGUCGCCGCUGAGCCAGGCCGACGCGCAGAUGAUGCGGGAGAUCUUUGCCAGCAUCGGCUCCGCCUCUGGCGAGGGCUCGGCGAGCCUGCUGAGCGCCAUCCCCGCGGCCACAAGCACCAUGCAGAGGGUCGCAGGGGGCUCCUCGGGCGUGCGGAACGGCUUGCUGGUGGUGAACAUGCUGCUCGAGGGCCACCGGGGCCUGGCGGAGCAGCUGGUGAGCUGCGAGCUGCCCGCGGUGCUGCGGAGCUGCUGGCGGGACGGGCAGGGCGCGGGCUGCCCCGGCAGGAGCCUGGCGCUGAGCGCCAUCAACCGCCUGGCGGAGCAUGAGGCACCGCGGAGCCUGGAGGCGGCAGGUGCCGAGGCCCCGCCGGAGCCGGGGGACGUGGACGUGCGGAUGCUGGUGGGCGGCGCACGGGAAGGCGGCCUCUCGGCGGAGGCGGUGGUGGCCCUGGAGCGGCACCUCUGUGGCGAGGGCGCCAUGCGCUCCGGCGAGGCGGCCCGGCUGCUGCGGGACCGCGAGUGCUUCGCGCUGCUGCUGCGCAGCUUCAAGCUGCUGGGCACGGAGAAGGCUGCGAGCCUGAGCAUCCUCAGGAUCCUGAACGAGUUCCUGGACGGCGGCCAGGAGGAGCUGCUGCCCUGGCACGAGUGCGUGGAGCCCUGCCUGUCCUCCAUGGGCGCCCACAGCAGCGACCAGGAGGUGGUCCGGGAGGUCGUGCGCUUCCUGCACCGCCUGGGCAGCACCAGCAAGGACUGCGUGGUGGUGAUGUGCCGCGCGGGUGCCCACGAGGCUCUGGGCAGAGCUCUGGAGAGGCACAGGGCGGCGCUGCCGCUGGCGCCGGCCCUGUGCGACCUGCUGAGCGGCUGCGAGAAGCACGCCAGCCUCUACGGGAAGCUGACGGGCAGCAUCUUGGCGGGCUGCAUCCAGCUGGUGCUGGGGCAGAUCGAGGAGCACCGCCGGAGCCAGCAGCCCAUCAGCAUCCCCUUCUUCGACGUCUUUCUGCGCAACCUGUGCCGAGGCUCCAGUGUGGAGGUGAAGGAGGACAAGUGCUGGGAGAAGAUUCAGGUCUCCUCCAACCCCCACCGCGCCGGCAAGCUCACGGACGGGAACCCCAAGACCUACUGGGAGUCGAACGGCAGCACCGGCUCCCACUCCAUCACCGUGCACAUGCAGCGUGGCGUGGUGAUCAGGGAGCUGAGCAUGCUGGUGGCCGGCGAGGACUCCAGCUACAUGCCGGCCCGCGUCGUGGUGCUGGGGGGAGACGGCCCCAUGGCCGCCAACGCCGUGCUCAACGCGGUGACCGUCCUGCCCUCCGACAGCAGAGUGGUCCUGCUGGAGAACGUGCCCCGCUUCUGGCCCGUCGUGCAGAUCCGCGUGAAGCGGUGCCAGCAGGGCGGCAUCGACACACGCGUGCGUGGCAUCGAGGUGCUGGGCCCCAAGCCCACCUUCUGGCCGGUCUUCAGGGAGCAGCUCUGCCGGCGGACGGCCCUCUUCUGCGCCGCCCGGGCUCACGCGUGGUGCCGGGAGAUCGGCCGGGACCGGGGGCGCCUGCUGCAGCUCUUCGGCAGGCUGAACCGGGCGCUGCGGCACGAGCAGGCCUUUGCCGACCGCUUCCUUCCCGACGCCGAGGCGGCCCAGGCGCUGGGCAGGACGUACUGGGAGGCCUUGGUGACCCCUCUGGUGCAGAGCAUCACCAGCCCAGACCCCAGCGGCGUCAGCCCCCUGGCCUGGCUGCUCAGCGAGUACCUGGAGCGCGCGGAGCUGCCGCGCCGUGCCGCCGCCUUCGGCUCCCGCGUGCGGCGCCUCACCCGGCUCCUGGUGCACGUGGAGCCCAGCGGCGCGGAGCUGGAGGAGGCGAGAGCCCCCGGCAGAGCCGGGGGGAAGGACGGGAAGAGCAAGGAGGUGCCAGCCAGGGCCAUCAAGGCGGUGGUGACGGCAGAGCGGAGCAGCCUGUGGGGCAUCUCGCGGUGCUGGCGUGGGUUGGUGCAGCAGCAGGUGUGGCGGUUCCUUGAGGCAGCGUGGCAGGCGCCGGACGUCGUGGAGCGGUUCUGCAGGCUGUACCGGCGGCUGCGCGGUGCCACGGCCGAGCUCUUUGGGCAGCAGGCCGCCUUCAUGCUGGCCCUGGUGCAGGGCUUUGCGGGGGCCCUGCUGCAGCUUUCCUUCCCGACUGCCCUGCACGUGAGCGAGCAGUUUGCCCGCUACCUCGACCAGCGGCUGCGGGAGCUGCGCGGGGUCGGGGGCGGCGCGGGGCCGUUGCAGCAGGCCCUGGAGCCCUUCGCCGUCUUGUGCGGCCUGGAGCUCGCCCACACCUUCGAGCACUUCUACCGGUACUACCUGGGGGACCGGUUGCUGGCGCAGGGGCCCUCGUGGCUGGAAGGGGCCGUCGUGGAGCAGCUCGGGCCGUGCUUCCCCAGUCGCUUCCCGCAGCAGAUGCUGAGCGACCUGGCCGAGUCGGAGGAGCUCCAGCAGCAGUUUUACCUCUUCCGGCUGCAGGAGCAGGACAAGCAGCUGCUGGAGCUGGACGCGGGCCUGGAGAGCCCCGAGGAAGAGGUGCUGGGGGAGGCGCCCCUGGCAGAGGCGCCGGAGGUGAAGGUGCUGCUCCUGUCGCCGCGCUGCUGGCCCGUUUCCCCCUUGUGCUAUGUGGACGAGCCCGGGAGGUUUUUCCCCACGGCCCUCAGCUCCCCGCUCGCCGAGUUCGCCGACUUCUGGCGGCAGAGCCAGAGCCAGCUGGGCCGGGAGUGCACGAAGCCGCGGCGGCUGCAGUGGACGUGGCUGGGCCACGCCGAGCUGCAGUUUGGGGACUGUGUCCUGCAUGUGUCCACGCUGCAGAUGUACGUGCUGCUGCACUUCAACGGUGCGGAGGAGGUGGCCGUGGACGCCUUGCUGCAGGCCACAGGGCUCCCCGCGGACCUGGUGCGCCACGCGCUGACGCCGCUGACCCAAGGCGAGGGCGUCCUGGUGCAGAGCUGCCCGCAGGGCGGCACUCUGCGGCUGAACCGGACGGCCCUGGCUCGGGCCUCGGGCCGGCGCCUGAGGCUGCUGCCCCAGCAGACGUACCUGCGGGCAGAGCUGGCUGACAGCAGCGCCCUGGAGAGGAAGAGGAACGUGCUCUGCUGCCUCGUCACCCGCAUCCUCAAGGUGGAGAAGCAGCUGCACAUCGACAACUUGGUGUUCAGGGUGAUCGACGCCUGCCGGAAGGGCGAGUUUGGACCGGGGUUGCAGUUCCUGAGCUUCUGCUGCCAUAGCGUGGACGUGCUGUCCUGCGUCCUGCACCUGCUGAACCAGGGCUACCUCCGGCGCCAGGAGGAGAGGCCCCAGGUCCUGGAAUAUGUCUUGGCUGAACCAACAACGCCUCUUGGGGGCCAAGCGCAGGUGGUUUUCCAGCGCGUGGCAUCAGAGGCACCUCUGGAUGAGGACAGCGUAGGCUCCCUAUGUCGGUUGGAUCCUGGUGUAGACAGCUCGGCGGAGUUUCUCAUGGCAACACUGCGUAUGCCGAUGGGGCACACUCUUAGUCCAGAGGAGGCGAAGCUGCUCAUGAACCAGACAGUACAGCAAGUCCAGGAUACCCUGAGCAUCUCGAGUGAUACUGCUCAGCAUCUCCUCAUGCACUGCAGGUGGAAUGUGGAUUUCCUGAUCCAGUGCUACAUGGAGGACUGUGAGACAUUGCUCAUUUCCUCAGGGCUGCAAGUGCAGGAUGCUCAGCACCCUCCAAGCCCAGGAACGCACUGCCCAGUGUGUAUGAACCAGCUGUGUCCUGCUGAGAGCCCACCAACCCUCUGCUGCAUGCACUACUGCUGCAAGCCCUGUUGGAGUGAGUAUCUCACAACUCGUAUUGAGCAGAACAUGGUCCUCAAAUGCACCUGUCCCAUUUCUGAUUGCUGUGCACAGCCAACUGCAGCCUUCAUCCGUUCCAUCAUUUCUUCUGAAGAGGUCAUAGCCAAGUAUGAAAAAGCCCUUCUCAGAGGCUAUGUCGAGUGCUGCUCCAACCUGACGUGGUGCACCAACCCGCAGGGCUGUGAUCAGAUCCUUUGUAAGGAUGGACUUGGCUAUGGGGAAGCCUGUUCCAAAUGCUCCUGGAUAUCCUGUUUCAACUGUAGCUUCCCAGAGGCUCAUUACCCUGCUAGCUGCAACCACAUGUCUCAGUGGGUGGAUGAUGAUGGGUACUAUGAGGGAAUGACAAGUGAAGCCCAAAGCAAACAUUUGGCUAAGCUGAUUUCCAAGCACUGCCCAAGCUGCCACGCUCAGAUAGAGAAAAAUGAGGGCUGUCUGCAUAUGACGUGUGCCAAGUGCAAUCAUGGCUUCUGCUGGCAUUGCCUCAAGCCCUGGAGGCCGACACAUAAGGAUUAUUACAACUGCUCUGCUAUGGUGAGCAAAGCAGCUCGGCAGGAGAAGCGUUUCCAAGAUUACAAUGAGAGAUGCACCUUUCAUCAUCAGGCAAGGGAAUUUGCCAUGAGUCUGAGGAACAGGGUUUCUUCCAUCAGCGAGAUGCCAGAAAUUAGAACUUUGACCUUUGUUCUUAAUGCCUGCAAAGUGCUGGAACAGGCACGGAAGGUGUUGGCCUACUCCUGCGUGUACAGCUACUAUAGCCAGGACACUGAGAGGAUGGACAUCAUAGAACAGCAGACGGAGAGCUUAGAGCUGCACACCAACACUCUGCAGAUCUUACUGGAGGAAACCCUGCUGCAGUGUCAGGAUCUGGCCUCCUCUCUCCAGCUCCUGAAAGCCAAGCAUUUCCGCACUGGUUUGGAUUUGGCGCACCGGAUCCAAGAGCGUCUCUUUGCAAUUCUCUGGCACUCUACACAGGAUUUCCGUGUUGGGCUCCAGACUUUGGCAGAUCCUGGUCAGAGUAGGGUGAAAAUCUCAAAUGUACCUGCUGAGGCCCCUGCUUGUCUAGGGCCAAAACAUGCCAUCUUACCUGACUCCCCUGACACAGAUGAAGAGGAAGAUGAAGAUGAGGAAUGUGAACCACAGUGGCAGGAAGACUAUGAUGAUGAUGACCUUGAUGAGGACAAUUUUCUGUAUGACGAUGAGUCAGAUAACCUUGAUCAUGACUCCUACUUUGAUGAUGAUGAUGAUGCCUAUGACUAGAGGUGGGCUGUCACCUGGCAUGCCAGCCCAGACCCUUGACUCCAGGUUGUCUCACCCUGCUUGUCUCUGUAUCUUUUCUCAAAGACUAGAGGGAGGUCUCAGACUGAAUGAAGAAACAUUUCCUUUGGGGACUGCUUGCUCGCUGACUCUGAUUUAACACGCAGAGCCAUUGCUCUGGACACAUGGACUGUGUUACUGUGGUCACCUCUCUCAAAAAGGCAUCUCCCCUUUCUCCCUUGUGUCCAAAGGGCCAUUCUAUCCCUAGAUCUAACUAUCUUAUUGAACUAGAAAAUUGCAGCCCAGGUCUGAAGUGAAGACUGCUUGCCACCUGUUAAAAGUUUGUUUAGCAUCCUCUGGGGUACUGUCCACAAGGACUGGGCACGGGGACCAUGCAGUGGCAUGAGUCCGGUCAGGGUACUGUCUAAUUCAGCCAGUGGUGAGAAACAUUGUAAAGCAAUGUGUUUACACUCAAGUGAAAUCCUUUCCCCUGGAGCUGGUGGGGUCUCCUCUGGAGUAACACAUAUCUCUCGGAUGGACACGGCUCAGUGCGUACGUCUAGCUGAGAGGACAGUUUUCUCCCCCAGCUUUUUUGCUGUUUUGUUGUUGUUUCUUUCUCUCCUGUGAAGCAAGAAGGGUCGCUGUGAGUGGCACAAGUUUGCAGGGGUAUUUUUCAGGGUAUAAAUACAUGAAACACAUGUGCAUAGAGCUGUUCAGAUUAUACUUUACCAAAAAAAAGGCCCUGAAGCAAUGAGGAUUGAAGAAAGUUGUGUUUAUAAAAUAAAUAUUUUUCUUCUA